GACCGUUUCCGCUAGGGGGCGAAAUUCGGCGCAUCGGAUCACUCGUUCACUCUCCCCCGAUUAGAAGUUGCAUCUACCCGGGAGAGAGUGAGGAAGAUGGCGGCGGAUGAUCGCUCCCGGUCCGAGGCUGCACGGCAGCGACGGCAGGAUCAGCUCCAGCGGUGGCUGGGGUCCGACACUGACCGAACAAUCCCCGAGACACGAGAGCGGCCUGCAGGCAACGGGGGACGGCGGGCUAGGGUUCGCUUCACGCAGGGCGCUGUGUUCAUGGCUGCUUGCUCGGCCGGGGACCGAGAGGAGGUGGCUGCAUUGCUACGCCAAGGAGCCGACAUCAACCAUGCCAACAUAGACGGACUGACAGCAUUGCAUCAGGCCUGUAUUGAUGAGAACGCGGAGAUGGUGCAGUUCCUGGUGGAGAGCGGCAGUGACGUGAACCGAGGAGACAAUGAGGGCUGGACCCCCCUGCACGCCGCGGCCUCCUGCGGCUUCCUGCAGAUCACCAAGUACCUGAUUGAGCAUGGUGCACGGGUGGGGGCGGUGAACAGUGAGGGUGAGCUUCCUCUGGAUGUGGCCACAGAGGAUGCCAUGGGGAGGCUGCUAAAGCAGGAGAUCAAGAAGCAGGGUGUGGAUGUGGACAGUGCCAGGCGCGAGGAGGAGAGGGUGAUGCUACAAGAUGCCAUGACGGUUUUGGGUGGGCAUGGCACCCUCACCCCCCACCCGAACACUGGAGCAACUGCACUCCAUGUGGCUGCUGCCAAAGGCUACGUCCAGGUCAUGAAGGUGCUGCUGCAGUGUGGUCAGGAUGUGGACUGCAGGGAUGCAGACGGCUGGGCUCCGCUGCAUGCCGCAGCGCACUGGGGGCAGGAGGAGGCCUGCAGCCUGCUGGCCGACAGCAUGUGCGACAUGAGCCCCGUGAGCAACGUGGGGCAGACCCCCCUGGAUGUAGCUGAUGAGAAUGUGGUUGACACCCUGCAGGAGCUGAUGAAGAAACAGGAAGCUUUGCGUACAGAGAAGCAGAAGAUGUCCCCGACCCCUGUCAUCGGGAUCAGUCCCUCAGUCACUGUGGCACCCACGCGCCCCAGGAGGACUUCAAUAUCUCGUAUGAGCAGCAAGGAGAAGAUCAGCCUUCAUGGACGGGAGCGCCACGCCCCCCCCGCCCUGCAGAGCAGCCCUGCUGAGGAGGAGGAGGAGGGGCCCCCAGGCGCCGCCCACAUCUCCAGCUCUGAGGAGGAGAGCCAAUCAGAGUGUGAUGAAGAGUCAGAGAAAAUGAAAACACGAGAAAUCAUCAACAACCUGAACAACAAGCGCAACAGUUCCACCCCCCCAACCAGCACCACGGUGACCAGCGCCACGGCAACCUUGGGGAAAAAGUCAGAUCCUGGUAGGCCCCUGGCCCCUGAGGGUCUGGACUCCAGUAGGAUGUCCCUGCGUAAGGCGGGCAGUUCUUUGGCCCUGAGUACAGCAGGGGCCCCAGGCCCUGGGCCUGACCCGGCCAAAGGCCCUGAAUCUGCAGCAGGCAUGAUGCGCUCAGCCUCCAGCCCCAGACUCAGCCUGGAGUCUGACACCAAGGAGCCAAGGCUGGCUCGAGUUCCUCCUACUCCAACCCGCCGACUGUUCACCAUCGCAGACCUUAAUCCAGACACCUCCAGCAGCGGGCUGACUCGUAGCUCCUCCUACACACGCCGCCUGAACAGCCAAUCAGGGAGUGAUCUGACAAGCCAAGCCCCCAGCAUGACCCGCAGCUCCUCUUACGGACGGAAACUAGAUGACCCUGCAGUGACCUCCGUAACCACUUCUGGCCUCAGUCGCCUCAACAGCCUCACAUCUCAGAGGCUUGCUCAGGAACAGCUGGAAAAGAAGGAACCAGAAUCCACAACGACCUCAAAUUCUGUCACCACGGCAACCAGCGAUUUGGAAUCAAAACAGAGGCGCAAGUCGUACCUGACCCCGGUUCGAGAUGAGGAGGCAGAAGCUCAGCGGAAGGCUCGCUCCCGACACGCCCGCCAGUCCCGCAGGUCCACUCAGGGGGUGACACUCACAGACCUGCAGGAGGCUGAGAAGACGAUGAAAACGGAGCAGAAGGAGAGGGAGAAGAAGAAGGAGGAUGACGAGCGGGAUGGGAAACAGAGGAAGGCCGAUGAAGGGGAGGUGAGCUGGAGGUCCCGAAUUGCAAACCUGCAGAAAUCUGAUCUCCUGGGCCUGACCAGUCCCCCCGGAGCUCCCCGCCCCCCCACUGCAGAGGGGAGAGAUGCAGAUGCUGAGGAGGGCAGGGAGAGCAGGAGGCUGCGCACUCGGAGGAGAGGAGCUCACAGGACUGAGGAGAGUGAUGAUAACGAGCCCAGUGGAGAGGAUGAUGGGAUAGCGGGAGGAUCGGCAAACAGAUACACCAGCAGGUCUGAUGUGUCCUGUAAUGAUCGCAUCAUCAGCAGAGACUCAGAAACAAAGGACUACAAGAAGUUGUUUGAGGAGGUCUCCCGGGAGAAUGGGCACCUGCAGACCCAGCUUCAGGACACCCUGCGCACUGUAUCCCAAACCCGCAUGGACCUGGACAAGGCUACGCAGAGACAGGAGCGCUUCAGUGACUGCUCCGCCCUCUUGGAGCUGGAGAAGAAGGAGCGGCGAAUCCUGGGGCGGCGUGUAGCGGAGCUGGAGGAAGAGCUAAAGGUGCUAGGCGAGCUGAGAGCCGAUAACCAGCGUCUGAAAGAUGAGAACGGCGCGCUGAUCCGUGUCAUCAGCAAGCUCUCCAAAUAACGUCCCCGCCACCCCUGCCUCGUGCCAAAGAAAAAAGAAAGAAUAACGAAAGAAUGUCACACUUUCGCAGCCUCCCCCCCCCCCCCACCCUCUGCCGCAUCCGGUCGGCGUGGCGACCAUGCGGUCCAGUCUCCCGGGCAGAGACGGGCACCUGUGACCACGUCGCCUGAAAAAGGGAAGGCAGAGACAGAACACAUGCAGAGCAGCAGGGCCUUUCACUCAGCCCUGAGAGCGCACACACACUCGCAUGUUCAUUCCCUCCUGAAGGACCACCCUCACACAGCUGAGACUGAGACUCACACGCCACAGACAAGCACCCCUAGGACCACACUCCAUGUGAAGGAGCACAUCUCACAUUCCUCAUGUCUGUGCAGCCUGGACCAAUCAAGAGUGCACUUUCCCACCUGACAUGCCUCUUAACUGCAACCACACCUGUACACCACCACCUGUACACACACCUGUACACACACACUCUAUCCACCUGUACACACACCUGUACACACACUAUCCACCUGUACACACACCUGUGCACACACACUCUAUCCACCUGUACACACACCUGUGCACACACUAUCCACCUGUACACACACCUGUACACACACACUCUAUUCACCUGUACACACACCUGUGCACACACUAUCCACCUGUACACACACCUGUGCACACACACUCUAUCCACCUGUACACACACCUGUGCACACACUCUAUCCACCUGUACAACCACACUCUAUCCACCUGUACACACACCUGUGCACACACACUCUAUCCAC